GUUCCAACGCCUGCCAAAAGGCUCCAAGACUUCAAUGAGGCAACUGAAGGGCACAAUGAGAUAUAAAAGAGACUGUCACCCUCAUAGUCUGGCCGUAACUGCCGUUCAUCUCAACAUCUAGUACAUCACACUCGCCAAACAUGACAUCCGAAGAAACCCUCCCCGAAAGAUGGGUCGCAGCCUGGUCCACCGACGACCCGGCCGCUUUUGCGCAGCUCUUUGCGCCGAACGCCGUCUACAUUGACCACGGCUCACAACUCCACGUGACCCGGAUGGAUAACCACCACCGGGUCUGGCGCAACGCCGUCCCCGACUUCACAGCGGUGCUGGACCCAUCUACGCCCAUUUGGUGGGCCAAGAAGGAUGGCGAUGACGGGAAGACGAGGACGACUUGUGUGUUUAGGUCUCUGAUGAAUGGAACGUUUUUGGGAUCAUUGCCGAGGAAGGCGGCGACGGGGGCGGAGUGGUGUUUUGUGGCGAUGGUGUGUAUGGAAAUUGAGGAUGAAUUGAUCUUGAAGCUGGAUGAGUUUUAUCGGGAUAGUUUUGAGAAGGGUGUACCUGUGGAUCAGUUUCUUCGAGAUGCGUAAAGAAUGG